UCCUCCCUUAAUUCCCAAGAAAGAGACAAAUAAUAAACAUACAUAAAAAAUAAAAAUAAAAAUAAAAACAGCAUAUUAUUAUUAUUAUUACUAUAAAUAAACUGUAGAAAGAAACAAAUAUUCAAGAAAGAGGUUUUUCUUGGCGUUUUCUUGAAUCUUAAGGGUUUUGAAUUUUCCCAAAAUCAAGAAUUUGGGAAAUUUUUCAAUUUUUUUGGGGUUUCAGUUAAAGAAUUCAAAGUGGGGUUUUAGGUUCAGGAAUAAUUAAGAUUAUACAUAUAUAUUAUAUUUAUACUCAUGACAUCAACAACUUUAAGGAGAAGGCUACAUCAUGGAGAUGUUGGUGGCAAAAAGAAUGAACAUUUUGAUUCUUUGGGGUCUGAUGAUGGUUUAAAUGAACCUUUACUUGGGUACCAAAAGUAUGAUGACAAUGAUCAGGUAUGUACGCUUGAAGAUGUGUUGGAUGAGGGACGAAGGCGAGAACGUCUGCACUGGACGCUGCUAUUUUCUCAUCUGAUUUCUGAAUGGGCACAAUGGUUAGCAAAUAUUGUCUUUGUGUCCGGGUCACUUCUUGGACGGAUUUUUCCUUUUGCCUCAACUCAAACCGGACCAACAGCAAAUCUUUUACCUCCUUUACUUAGCCCUUUACAGGAAGCAAGGCUCAAACAUCUCAAGCAAAGGCUAGCAAUCCCUUUUGAUGGUUCUUUCUCGGAUCAUCAAGAUGCUCUUAGGCAACUGUGGAGGUUAUCUUAUCCUGAUAGAGCACUUCCAUCUCUUAAAUCUGAGCUUUGGAAAGAAAUGGGUUGGCAAGGAUCUGACCCUUCAACAGACUUCAGGGGUGGAGGAUUCAUAUCAUUGGAGAACCUUAUCUACUUUGCCAAGACAUACCCGGAAUCUUUCCAGAACUUGUUGCACAAAAGAAAUGGGAACAGAUCUGAAUGGGAGUAUCCAUUUGCUGUAGCUGGCAUCAAUAUAUCGUUUAUGCUGGUCCAAAUGUUGGAUCUUCAAUCAGGCACACCUAGCACUGUUGCAGGUAUCCGCUUUCUAGAAUUACUCAGCGAAGAUGACAUGGCGUUUGACAACAUUUUUUGUGUUGCCUUUGAAAUGCUCGAUGCCCAGUGGCUAGCGAAGCGUGCAUCAUAUAUGGAAUUUAAUGAGGUUUUGAAGGCCACAAGAGUGCAGCUAGAGCGCGAGCUCGCUCUUGAAGAUACCUCAAGUGUAAAAGAUUUACCUGCUUUUAAUCUAUUGAGGAGAUAAUUUAGCUUUGUUACUCCAAGAUGUUAGUUUUUUCUUCUAAUUUUUACCCCUCUGUAACCACUGUAUAUGUUAUACACCAUGUUAAGAUCCUCUCUCUUGGAAAUAAAAACAAGUGCAUUAUGAAA